GUCACUUUUGUAUAUAAAAUCACUCCCCGAAAACCCUGAUUCUCCUCCUCUCUACUUCUUCCUCUUCCUCUCUGAGACUCCAAGAAAAAAAAAUCAAAAAGGCUCGAUCGAAUCGUUGUUCGAAUCGUUGUUAGUAUCUGUUGAUUCGAUAAAGCUACCAUGUCUUAUAGACCGAGCGCGAAGACCGAGGUUCGUAGGAACAGGUACAAGGUAUCUGUUGACGCCGAUGAAGGUCGUCGGAGACGGGAAGAUAACAUGGUGGAGAUUAGGAAGAACAAGAGAGAGGAGAACUUGCAGAAGAAGAGGCGUGAAGGCUUUACUGCUCCCAUGGCGUCACAGCUAGGCCAGGGUUUCUCCUCUUCUCUUCCUACUGAAACGAGAUUGGAUAAUUUACAACAGCUGGUUAUCGGAGUAAGCUCAGAAGAUAGAGGCGCACAACUGGAGGCGACUGCUGGCUUAAGGAAAUUGCUUUCAAUUGAGCGAAGUCCCCCAAUUACUGAAGUUGUUCAAUCUGGUGUUGUUCCUCGCCUUGUGCAAUUUCUUUCCAGGGAUGACUUCACCCAGCUUCAGUUUGAGGCAGCUUGGGCGCUCACCAAUAUCGCUUCAGGGACGUCUGAGGACACUAAGGUCAUUAUCGAAAGUGGUGCUGUCCCUUCAUUCAUCAAGCUUCUCAGCUCUCCCAGUGAGGAAGUCCGGGAACAGGCUGUCUGGGCAUUAGGAAACGUCGCUGGUGACUCACCAAGAUGCCGUGAUCAUGUCCUCGGUUGCGAUGCCAUGAUGUCCCUUCUGGCUCAAUUCAACGAGCAUUCAAAGCUCUCCUUGCUGAGGAAUGCUACAUGGACAUUAUCAAAUUUCUGCAGAGGGAAGCCGCAACCAGCAAUUGAGCAGACAACACCAGCUUUACCAGUUCUUGAGCGCCUUUUGCAUUCAACCGACGAAGAAGUUCUCACAGAUGCAUCAUGGGCUCUCUCAUAUCUCUCUGAUGGUUCAAAUGAGAAAAUACAAACUGUUAUCGACUCUGGUGUCAUCCCUCGCCUUGUUCUGCUCUUAGCGUAA